AUGGAGAUCCUCGACUUACCAACAGAGCUCAUCGUCCGGAUAUGUUUGCACAUAAAUCCACCAGAUCUCCUUUCAUGCCAGUUAACGUGCAAGAUCCUCCACGACAUCAUCCAGCGCUCAGUAAUCAUCCAGUAUCAGUGCGCACUCCACGCAGCCAGCGCUGACGACAACCCAAAUUGCCCAUUGAGCCUCUCGGAACGGCUGGCCUUGCUCAGACAGGGCAGCGAGGCGUGGAAGAUACUCGAGCCAAAGUUCACCCUGACCAUCCCGGUCGCCCACAGCCCUUCUGGAAUCUAUGAUCUCACAGGGGGCAUUUAUCUUCUCGGGAAUUACGCGCGAUUAGAGCUGCACUAUGUCGAACUUCCCACAUCAUCAGAGGAGAAGAGCGUCUGGAGGACAAUCAGCGUCGAUCGCCGCAUCAUCGACAUGGGCUUGUCUGUGUACGAGCAUGAUUUGCUCGCCGUCAUCACGACGUCUCUGAUAUGUGGAUCAAACCCAGAGACGUACGAGAUAUGUCUCGUUUUCUUCAAGUUCUCAACGGGCGAACCACACCCCCUUGCACGAGAACCCAGAAUCUCCGUCACCACCUCUCGCUUUGAGCAGCGACCAGCCGUUGGCAUCGAGAUCGUCGGUGAGAACCUCGUCCUGGUCCUCGCCCAUUACAACAACCCAUCGAGACCGGACGACAGAGUGUUCAUAUACGAGUGGAAGACUGGCAGGCUGAAAAUGUCGCUGGUGGCUCAGUACCACACGUACUCAGGCCUUAUAUUUCUCUCCGAGUCCGUUGUCGUCUUUCCAAACACCCAGAACGGCACUCUUGAGUUUUGGGAGAUCCCGUCGUCGCCAGGCAGCAUCGCGCCACUGUCCCCGCGCUGCGUCCUCUCCCUUCCACAGCUCGUGCCAGGAGAGAUGAUUUCAAAUAUUUCCUGUAGGGGGGAACCUAGCCCCAUGGGCGGGAACAGGUCCACACGCCCAUUCCACCCCUCGGCGAACGACGCCAUUGUCAUAUUCAAUAUGCGCGUACAGCCACGGGUGGGAAUGCAGCACCACCUAGCCAUGAUGCAGUUUGGACACACAUUUACCUUUCUCAUCCACCGGAGUGCCCUACUCGAGCUUUUCCGAUCCGCGCCAGCCACGGCCGUGCCAUGGAGUCAGUGGGGUCCAAACAUAUCGCGGUGGUUGCCCGCAGAUGGACUCCCCACGCGAUGGAUAACGACGACCUCGGGACAGCGGUGCGUCUCGAUAAUGGAGGACGCGCCGAGCUCACCGUCAGAAUAUUACGUGUUUGAUUUCAAUCCGCACAGCGUGCGCGUCGCGCUGAUGGAGGGUGUGAAGGCGUACAUGACAGAGGAGGAUCGAAGGAUGGUCUGCACGUCGAGCACGACGAUAGAUCCUGCGUUUGCGUUUGCGGAGGAGGUGUCGUCCUGUUUGCCGUAUGUGGUUACGGAGUCAAAGGAGCGUUAUGCGUUCGAUGGCGUGUUGCUUGACGAGGAGAGGGUUCUUGGCAUUUAUUUGGAUCGGAUACGGGCAGUUGAGGUGCACUAUUUCGGAUGA